AUGUCCUCACCACUCAUCAGAAUCGUCAACUCGACCUUCCAAAGAACCAAAACCGGACCGACAUUUUUCCCCAAUCUAAAUUUCACACUUGAAUCCAUCGCCUCGCGGACACCCCUGAAAAAACCUCAAAGAUGGUCCAUCAUCGGUCCUUCGAAUUCCGGAAAAUCCACUUUUUUGCAAGUGUUACAGGGGUCACAUAUCUGCACACCCAUUGUGGGUAGGACCUAUCCCGCACUUACAGACAAAAAGAAAUAUGCGGGGUCUUCUAUCGCUCUGGUGGAUUUCUCAGCUCAGGGUGCAUUCGGAGAGAGUGUGAAGGGGGAGUAUAUGUCUAGUCGAUAUGAAUCACGCCGUGGAGCUACAGAUUUGACGUUACGUCAAUGGUUAGAAAGAACAGCUUUACAUCUUCCGCUAUAUACAGAUAACUUUGAUUUCGAAUCCCAUGUAGCGACAAAAGCCGCGGAUAUACCAUUGGAGACUGUAACCACUGGUUUACGACUUACGGGGCUUCUAGACCAGCCCGUGAGUACUCUAAGUAACGGACAAGGACGAAGAGCUAGGAUUGCACAAGCACUUCUUAGAGGUGUGGAUUUGUUGUUAUUGGAUGAGCCUUUUAUGGGCUUGGAUCCGUGGUCUAUCGAACGGUUAUCAGGGCUUCUUAAAACAAUAUCCUCAUCUGAAGCUGCGAAUGAUACGUCACAGAUUGCAUCUCAAGUUGUAGUCACACAACGACCUCAGGAUCAUCUUCCGGACUGGGUGACACAUAUCGCUUAUUUGCAGGAUAGCAAGGUACUCACUAUGGGUGAAAGGGACGAGGUCAUAGCGAAAACAUCCGAAAGGGGGAUCCGGAUAGGAGAUGGAGAUAAGCAGAAUGAUGGAAUCCUUCAUAAAGUUUAUGGUACUGGAGUAAGCAUCCCAUCCGAGGAUGCCAAAACGGAACCUGUAAAAGCCUCAGAAGAAGGGAAGAAAGAACCAGUCGUUGAAAUGAGCGGCAUCCAAAUAUCAUAUAGGGAUCGAGAGAUAUUGAAGGAUUUCUCGUGGACUAUUAAACGUGGCGAUCGCUGGGGACUAUUCGGUCCAAAUGGCUCCGGUAAAACUACACUAUUAGCAAUAAUAACAUCCGACCACCCCCUCUCAUACUCCCAACCAGUCAAACUCUUCGGCCGUUCCCGACUCCCCGAAAAGGGCGUCCCGGGCAUCUCAGUCUUUGAAUUGCAAUCCCUAAUCGGCCACUCAUCUCCCGAAAUCCACCAAUUCUUCCCUCGCAGGCGAUCUCUUCGCAAAUGCGUAGAGUCGGCUUGGGCGGAUACGUUUAUUACAAGACCCCAUUUCCCGCCUAACGGGGAACAAAUGGUUGACGAUAUUUUUAAGUUCUUUGAUAUAUCACCCGAAGAACAGAACAGGGAGUUUGGAGAGUGUGGGGUUUCUACGCAGAGGUUGGCAUUGUUUAUGCGGGCGGUUAUUAAGAAGCCUGAUAUUGUGAUUUUGGAUGAGGCUUUUAGUGGGAUGGAUGAGGAUUUAAGGGAUAGGUGCAUGAAGUGGUUAGAAGAGGGAUUAGAAGAAAGACAAGCGUUAAUUGUGGUUAGUCAUCUAGACGGUGAAGUACCGAGAGUGGUGGAUAAAUGGGUGAGGUUGAGGGAGGCGGGAGAAGGAGAGAGUGCAGUAUUUGGUAAAAGAGCCUAA